UUGAUUAAGUUGAUUACAAUGUUAAAUUGUGAUUAAGAUGAUAAAGGAAACCAGAAAACUGGCUUAACUAUUGACUAUUAAAUCAAAUUAUUCAAGGUGGUUUGGUUUUCAUUUAGUAAUUGUUUGUUACAGGAUAAACUUUAAUUUCUGUUCAAUGUUUGUUUCUUGUUACAAUCAACGUUAAUUUAAAUCACUGAUCAUUAAUCGCUGUGUGAAAAUAUUGAUUCCAAUUGUUGCUAAAUUGUUACCAUGUUAAAUGGUUACUAUAUUUAUUUAAUUACUACAAUUGUUUUAAUUGUCGUUAAUUGUGAUCCACUAGAUGAUUUAGGAAACUCGUUGAAAAGGUUAACAAUUAAUGUUGAACAAAUUGUGAAUCGAGUUAAAACACGAACAGGAAUUCGUAAUUUGGUUCAUUGUAUUAGACCCAGAAGACGAACCGCUAAUAAGGAGAUCGUAAUUGCCGCUUGUAAAAUCGAAUCAGCGAUAAAUGCACUUAGAUUAACAAUCGCCUCAGCGAGGGAAUCGUCGAAGACUGAAUUAAUUGAACUCGCUCAGGAACAAGCAGAUGAACUCGAUAUGUUAAUCAAUAUCAUUGAAGCGAUUCUCAACUUCUAACAAUCAACAGU